UUGACUGGAGGAUCCAUAUAGUAGGGAUUUCUAUAGUUGGCUUUGCAUGCUGUAAAUUAUGAAAAAACAUGGAUGGUGGAGAAUGAAAUUCAAUGAAUACGCUAUAAGCCUAUGAAAUAGGUUAAUGUCCGUAUGCCUGUAUAUUAAUUAGCUCCUGUAUAUUAAUUAGCUCACAAUAAGUUUAGAUUGUCCGUAUGCCUGUAUAUUAAUUAGCUCCUGCUAGUGUAACUGUGUAACAGUGUAAGUGUGUAACUAUUCAAUUGAAAUCUGUACUCUCAAGUUGAAGUUUCUACUCUGAAGAAGGAAUUUAUUUAUUUAUAUUUUUGGUGGCAAAUUUUUGUCCUUAUAUAAAUUUAAAAUAUUUGUUACUUAUUCAGUUAUUUGUCAUAGAUAUACAUCGUUAUUAAGCCGUUAAUUUUUUUGUUUUCAUUGUAUAAAGUUGCAUUUUAUGCUCAUACAUCUUUAUUUAAUGCUUGCAUGCAAAAUAGGUUAAUGUCCGAGAUGGAUAGCAAUGAAAACAUGGCUGAAGUUUCAAGUGUACUUCGUUGUAGUGGUUCUCAAGUAAUGGAGCCUUCUAAUACAGAUAGCUCUAAAACGAACAGAAAAAGGAGGUCGGAGAUAUGGAAUCAUUAUUGUGAGGUAGAAAAUCAAAAAGACAAGGCUAGAUGCAAUUAUUGUCAUUUUAUUUUUUCAGCUGAUCCUAAAAAUGGGACAAGCCAUCUUCACAAACAUGCAAAUAUUUGUAAGGCAAAAAAAUAUAAUGAUAAGAAACAGAAAAUAUUAAUAGGCACCGUGACUUCAAAAGAUGGUGUUCCAUUGAACGAGUUAGUUCCCUAUUCAUUUGAUCAGGAAAGAAGUCGUGAGGACCUUGCAAAGAUGGUAAUUCUACAAGAGAUGCCAUUUACAACAGUUGAACAUCCAGCAUUUCAGACCUUUGUUAGGAACCUUAGACCAGAAUUUCAUAUUGUUUCAAGGACAACAUUGUCUUCUGAUUGCUUUAAAAUUUAUGAAAAGGAAAAACGAAGACUUGAAGAUUUGUUCAAGAUGAACUGUGGAAGAAUCAGCUUAACAUCGGACAUGUGGACAUCAAAUCAAACAUUGGGAUACAUGUGUCUCACUGCACAUUAUAUCACUAAUGAUUGGAAACUGAAAAAGCAUAUUAUCAAUUUUAAGUUGGUUCCUUCACCACAUACAGGCUUAGUCAUUAGUGAUGCUAUAGCUAACUGUAUUUUAUCUUGGAAUAUUGAGAAAAGGUUGGGUUCAAUCACUCUUGAUAAUUUGUCAGCAAAUACAGUUGUAGCAACAGAACUUCAAAAACAAUUUAAAAAAGAUUUACUUUUGGAUGGUAAAUUCUUUCAUGUGCGUUGCUGUGCACAUAUUCUUAAUUUGAUUGUGAAGGAUGGGUUGAAGGUAGCGGAGGGUGCUAUUCAUAGGAUCCGCGAGGCUGUUAAAUAUAUAAAAUCAUCUCAAGGAAGGUUGGAAUUAUUUAUGGGAAUUGUGAAACAAUUCAAGAUGAAUGGUAAAAAACGGAUAUGCUUAGAUGUACCUACUCGUUGGAAUUCUACAUAUCUCAUGUUAAAUGAUGCUAUACAAUUCAAGGAUGUAUUUAUGCGACUUGUGGCCCGGGAUCCUAAUUUUGAAGGUGCGCCAACUGAGGAAGAUUGGUCUCAAGGCAUCAUUAUUUGUGACUUCUUAAAGGUUUUUCAUCUUAUAACUGAAGUUUUUUCACAAACAAAAAAUCCAACUGCAAAUUUGUAUUUCUAUGAGAUUUGGAGAAUAAAUAUGCUCUUGAUUGAAGAAUCUAGGAGUUCAAAUGCAGUUGUGAUGAUGAUGGCUUUAAAGAUGCAAGAAAAGUUUGACAAGUAUUGGAAGGAAUGCUCUCACAUUCUUGCUGUAGGGGUUGUCCUUGAUCCAAGACAUAAGAUGAAUCUUAUUAGAUAUUGCUUUCAGACAAUCCAUGGUAAUGAUGAUCGUGCUUCAUUUGAGAUCAACAAAGUGCAUGAUGUUCUUCAAACUUUGUAUGAUAAUUAUGCAAUUUUAUAUGGCACAAAUGUCUCUCUUAAUCAAGUGGAUGAGAGGGUGUCUACAUCCCAUGGUGGAAGAGAUGAGAAUCGUUUUAUGCAUGGCUAUAAAGAAUUCAUCCAUGGAGUACAAGUUACCCAACCAUCUAAGUCAGAAUUAGAGACUUAUUUGGAAGAGAAGAUUCAUCCAUUAGAAGAUCAAAAUUUUGACAUUCUACAGUAUUGGAAAUUCAAUGAAUCAAAAUAUCCAAUAUUGUCUAGGAUGGUACGUGAUAUCUUGGCAAUUCCCAUUUCUACCGUUGCAUCUGAGUCUGCCUUUAGCACUGCUGGCAGGGUUUUGGAUGAUUUUCGUAGUAGUCUAUCUCCGAAUACGGUUGAGGUAUUGGUGUGCACACAGGAUUGGCUUCGAGACAGCUUGCCUCAUCUUGCAGAUGAUCCACCUUCUCAUACAAAAUACAAGAUUGAAGAUUACGAAACUGUUGUUGAUAUUAAUAUCGAUGAUUAACUUAUGCUGAUGUAGGUGCAAGCAAAGAGAAAUUUAUGAUUCCAUGUGUUCAAGUUAGAAGGAUGUAUACAUUGCAUGACAAACCUGUUUACAUAACCAGCAAAGACAGCAUAACUUCAAAGCUCCUGCACAAACAUAAAAGUGUACUCAUUGAUGCUUAAACUUUAUAAUUUUAUAGUAUAAUGAUCGUAAACUGAUGUUGCUUCUUUGCUUUAUGCAGGAUGGUGGUAAUCUAUCUUAACUAAUGGGACAAGUCAUCUUCA